GGACCAAAGUUUAAGUUGUCUCUGCAGAUUUGGACCGUUUUGGAGGUUACUGAGGAUUCUCAAUCCAUUUCUGACAUGUUGAUGGUUUAAAAACUGCAGUUUUAAGCAACAUUGGCCAUAUUUGUACUCUGUGGGCUGAUUUAUAUUCAUUUUGGGUCGAUUUUGAAGAUUUAGGGAUCACAGUACCUUUCCUCACCCCAUCCCGUAUCCCAGCCAUCAGCUGAUUUAAAUGACCGUGUCAAAGGUCACGCUUUUAUUCUGAAAGUCUGCCGGAAGCUACGUUGUUCCCUCACAGUUGAAGACAGUUAGCAUUCCCUGCAGAUUAUAGAUAUUUCUAAAUAAUAUAAUAUAUAUUUCUGGACCCGGACCUCAGCUCUUUGAUUCUGGACCCGGACAGUAAGUCUUGGUUUCUGAUGCUUUACUUAAAAUAUGAAACUUAAGAGGCUGACGUCACAGUUAGCAUCAGAGCUAACGAGCUGAUAUUUACCUGGUGGUUCUCCAGCUCUAAGGCUCUUACACGUUUCCUUUAACGUGCUGUUACGCCUGUGACUCGGCAUGGAGUCUUUAAAAGCCUUCACUAAAGAGUUUGAUGCUUUUAAAUGAAGGACAGAAAGUAACUACAUGAUGAAGAGGAAAGAGUUCCCAGCAGGAUAAUAACAUGAAGAACAACAAGGUUUUAUUCAGCAUGUCUCUGCAGGGUGUCCUGCAGCAGCGCAUUACUUCGGCGCAAGGCCUGCUUCAGCGGGCGGAGCUGCUGUGGGGGGUGGAGGGGGGGCAGAAGCUCCUGGGUAAGCUGCGGGCCGAGCUGCGCUUCCUGCGGCGAUGUGGAGGGGGGGGUUGUGAAUUGAAAGAGUCUCACCUGCACAGCAGCAACCUGACGCACUUGACAGCCAUCGUGGAGUCCCUGCAGAGCGUGGGGGGGGUGGUGUCCCUGCUGCACGUCUUCAGGUACCGGGAUGCCGCCGGCUGCAGCCGCUCGCUGCUGGUGGACGUGGUGGCGGACGGAGGCCUGACCUGGGUAAAGGCGGUGGGGAGGAAGGCGGAAGCGCUGCACAAUAUCUGGCAGGGGGGGGGACAGUACGGAGACAAGAGCAUCAUCAGCCAGGCCCAGGACUUCCUGUCCGCCAGCCGGCAGCAGGAAGUGCAGUACCGACACCCCCACGUCGUGUUCGCCUUCUACAACGGGGUAUCCUCCCCCAUGGUGCAACGCCUCAGGGACAUGGGGGUUGCCGUCCGGGGGGACAUCGUAGCAGUCAAUGCCAUGAUGGCACAGAAGGGGGAGAAGGAGGAAGAGCCAUUUGGGGAAGAGGAGGAGCCAGAGGAGGAAGAAGCUGAGGGGGAGGAGCCUGAGGAGGAAGAGGGACCAGAGGAAGAGGGGCUAGAUGAGGAGCCCGAAGAAGGGGAGGAGCCAGAUGGAGAAUUGUCCCUCCCCCGGGUGCAGCGCGGCAGGGUUCUGGCCCGCCUCUCGUUCCCGGCGCAGCUGCAGCCUCAGUCCUGCGGUAGUGUGAACCUGGACAUCACGACGCUCAUCAGCUACGUGUCGGCGCUGAGUCACGGCGCCUGUAGGUUCUCCUUCAGGGAGCCCGUGCUUACAGAGCAGGCGACACAGGAGCGUCUGCAGCCAGUGCUGCCGCAGCUGGACGCCUUCAUGCAGGGGAAGCAGCUUUUCGCCUGCGCCGCCGCCGUCACAGACUUCCGUCUGAUCCUGGACACACUGGGGGGGCCGGGGGAGAAGCAGCGCGCCGAAAAGCUGCUGCAGCGGCUGCAGCUGGUGGAGGACCAGCCGUCGCAGCGGACACUGCGCCUCACUCUCAGCAACAAAGUCAACCAACGCUCCAUCAGCAUCUUCGGCACCGGAGACUCACUGAGAGCCGUCACCAUGACGGCAAACAGCCGCUUUGUCAGGGCGGCGGCCAAUCAGGGGAUCCGAUACAACGUGUUCAUCCACCAACCGAGAGCGCUGACCGAGGGAAAGGAGUGGAGGGCCACGCCCCUUUGAGCUGUCAGCUGAUCAGUGUCUUUAUGUAAAUCGUAUGAUCAUCAAUAAAGCCUGUCAUUUCCUGCU